AACCUCACUCUGAGGUGUUUUCUCUUUGGACGUUUGUGGGUGGAAAAAUGAGGAGUAAUGACUUUAAUAGUCGUCUGCUGAACAUAUUUAUUGCAAUAAGUGCAUUCUCACUGGGAACAUUCAUCGCUCUGAUGAUGGUCAGUGAGAAAUUGGUGGACAAAGCAUCUGUGCAAGACUUCCAAGCAGGGAGCUUGAGAGACAACAUUGCUCCAAAGAAACCCCAUCACUUCCUGGUGAUUCUGGUGGCAACUGCGGCCGGAAAUGUCCCACAAAGGAAUGCCAUGAGAGAGACAUGGUUCAAGAAUGGAUAUCUCUGGAAAUCGGACAUUCCUUACGACCCGAAUGCUGUUUAUAUUCCUCUCUACGAUCCGGAGACGGGAUUUAUUCGUCCGGAGACUCCAGACAUUCAGUCGUACAGUUUGAGUGUGUACAGAAAGUGGCAUGCGAAGUACAAAACCAUCAACCCAGAACUGGACGGUCAGAAGAUGGGCAACAUUUCGCUUGCGCACUACUUUGCGAUUGGAACGGCAGGUUUGAGUGCUUCGGAAGUGACGGAAUUGAAGGAAGAAGAGAGGAAGCAUGGAGAUAUUCUUAUGCUGGACAGCAUCUGGGAUAGUUAUGGCAAUUUAACGAGGAAAUUGCUGGAGAGUUUCCACACAUUAGAUGAGAAGUUCAGCUUUGACUAUCUGCUGAAGUGUGAUGAUGAUACUUUUGUGGAUUUGGCAAUCUUGCUCCAGGACUUGCAGAGUUAUCACACACAGCUGAAGAUUGUGUAUGAGAAGAGGAAGAAUCUGGGCCCCAUUCCGAGGCUCUACUGGGGAUACUUUCACGGCAGGGCGCAUGUAAAGACAGCCGGUCAGUGGAAGGAGCAGAACUACGAUCUCUGCGAUAGGUAUCUGCCUUAUGCUCUUGGCGGAGGCUAUGUCGUGUCUGGGAACAUCGUGAGACAGUUAUCGCAGCAGAAGGAUGUUCUGAAGGUGUUCAAGAGCGAGGAUAUCUCGGUGGGAAGCUGGCUUGCGCCCUUCAGGGAUGUUUAUCGUCGACACGACGUGCGUUUCGACACAGCAUUCAUGGCCAGAAAGUGCCAAAGCUACCAUAUAGUGCUUCACAAGCGCUCGGCUGAGGACAUGAGGCAUUUUCAGAGUGGCUUUACAUGCUCCCAGAUCCAGAAUGACGCCAUCAGACGACCAAAGGAGUACUUUUACAAUUGGCAAAAGCCACCGACUCAGUGCUGCGAUAUCUCUGUCAAUUGACGAGAAAUUCCCCCUAAUUGAUUGUUUUGCUGCCUUUCUCUCUUCCUCCGUCAGGCGGUUCGAGCAAGCAAUAGAUGUGAUAUCAGUCCACGGAGGCCGAUACUCGCUGGUGAG